AUGUCAUUAAAGUUUAUUACCGAAGCAGCGAAUCUAUUAUUACAAACUACUUUGAGUGCAAAUGUUGGUUUCACAGAGAUAUCUAUAAAUAAGGAAAAUUUUAUAUUUACUUAUAAAGAAGAAGAAUUGUUAAAAUUGGUUGAACGUUUAGAGUUACUAAAAAAACAACAACGCGAACAAGAAUACGCGUUACAAAUACAACAACAGAUAUCAUUAUCAACAUUUGCAGAACCAACUGAUGAAAUUGAAUUAAAAAAACGAAUCGAUGAAAAAAAACAGAUUCUUUUAGAUUUACGAGCAAAAAAUUUAGUCAAAGAUAAGUCAAUUGAAUGUAUCGAAACGGGAAAAGUUAUAUUAACGAAUAUUUUUCCAGAAGGAUCUCAAUUGUCACCUCAAGCAUUGUAUCCUUUUAAAAUUUUGGAUAUGAUAAAUGAGCGUGAUCGUCUUGUAGUAGAAAUUUUGAAAUCUCAUCAAGAGCUAUUAAAAGCGCAGACUGAGUUAAUAGAACUUCAACAAGCUGUCAUAAAGCGUCACAGAGAUAAUAGGCAAUUAAUGAAACAAAUCAAUGAUAUGCGUACAUCAAUCUCUGAUGAUUCUGGUAGCCAAGAUACGAAAAUGAUUCAAAGGACAAAGAGAGAACUGGCCGAUGCUAGAGCAAAACGUGAAGUUGUUCGGAAUGUAUUACAGGGUUUGAUACUUGAGAGUGGAAUAGAUUGGGCAGAAGAUGAACAUUUAUUAAAUUUAUUGCUAAUGAUUGGUGAGGAAUUAUAUUUCAAUAAAAAAUGGGAUAUAUACUACUAUUGUGAUUUGAAACUAUUUGUGGGUAUAGAAUGUCGUCAAGUAUGGUUGAUAGUUUCAGAAGCCGAUGAACCGAUUUGCAUCUCUAUCGCGGAGAUGUCCUUAUUUGUGGAAUAUUUAUCAAACGCUAGAUCAAUUUGUGUUGGUUGCGUUGAUCAUGGAUAA